AUGGAACUGACCCGUCUGCUCCUGUCAGCCGCAAUCUUGCCCUCGCUGGCAUGCGGGCUCACCUCACAACUCUACGAUACCUACAGCUUCAACCCACUUCAACAUCUAGCAGGGAUCGCGCCCUACUUUGAGCCGAACGAUCCUCCGCGAGACCCAAAUCCUCCGGAUGGCUGCACCGUCACGAAAGCCGCGUACCUAGUUCGACAUGCUGCAAUUAACGCGAACGACUUUGACUACGAGACGUAUAUCGAGCCUUUCCUCUCGAAGCUGAAGAACCAUACCAACAUCAACUGGGGAAAUCUGCCCUCUCUUGCCUUCCUUCAGACCUGGAUCCCUCCAUCGUUUGCCGAGCAGGAGCGCCUGACAAGGGUUGGCAAGCUCGAAGCAGCUCAGCUCGGCGUCGAGGUUUCGUUCCGAUACCCCAACUUCCGACCUCCACAAAAAGUAUGGGCGUCGACCGCGGAACGCACCGUCAUGUCCGCCGAGUCGUUCAUCCGUGGCUACGAGGCGUCUGACAACAACAUCACACUGGUGCAGAUCUACGAAAGCGAAGAAGGUGGCGCCAACACCCUCACUCCCUACGACAGUUGUCCGGCGUAUUCGUCCUCGGCGGGCAGCGAACAGUCCCAGCAGUACUUAUCCAGAUGGUCAAACCCAUACGUGAACCGUCUGAACCACGUGUUCUCGAGCUUCAAUUUCACCAAAAACGACAUUGUGGGCAUGAUGGAGCUGUGCGGCUACGAAACCGUCAUCCGGGGCUCCUCGCCCUUUUGCUCUCUCGACCUUUUCCCCCGGGACGCGUGGUUGAGCUUCGAAUACACAAACGACAUCAUGUACUUCUACAAUACUGGCUACGGGAAUCCAGUGGCCGGAGCCAUCGCCCUCCCAUGGGUGAAUGCCACAAUGGACCUCCUACAGUCGGAUGACGACGGUCCCACCUCGCAGGACAUCUACGUAAGCUUCACCCAUCGAGAGUUCCCUCCCACAGUACUCGUCGCAAUGGGUCUCUUCAAUAACAGCGACUUCAUUGGCGGCAAUGCCAACGCCAGCAUGCCUCUGGACCGCAUCAACUACAACCGCGCGUGGGUCUCCUCGUACAUCUUACCUUUCCUCACAAACAUCGCGAUCGAGCGGAUGAAUUGCUCCGCCCGGGCCAACACGUACGGAGAUCUGGUAGAUGGCGACUCGACCUACUACCGCGUCCUGGUCAACGAUUCUCCCCAGACACUGCCGGGCUGCUACGACGGACCGGACGAGAGCUGCGGCUCAACCGGCCUGACGGACUGGUUGGCCGAGCGUGCCGCCAUGUUUGGAGGGUAUUCCGCCGCGUGCAAUACCGGGUCCGAGUACAAGAAUUCCACAGACCAAGUGACGUUCUACCAGAACAGCGGUAAUGGGAGCUUUGUUGGCAAGUGA